CAUCUUGUUUAUAUCAAAAUGCACGAUUUGGUUUUUGAUGUCAGCGCUCCGUUUGAUGCUCAACACUUUGUGUUUUCUGGACGGGAUGAUGGAUUAUACAUUUUGUUAAAACUUGUUCCGAAACCUGGAUAUCACCUGGUAAAAGUAGUGGAUGGGCUCACAGUUCUCUGGGAGAAGGGUAAAGAACCACUGGAAUUCCUUGUUCUUCACAAGCUUGGCAACCUUCCAGCGUUUCUCUUCCUGAAACUUUCUGAUUCUGGUCGAUACUUUGAGUUUAGGAAUUUGACCUGGAGUGAGAUUAACGAAGUUGAAUACAAGGAAAAGUUGACCCUGGACUUGGAUAGACACAACCUCGAAGGUGUUGAUUUCGACCUCAGUCAUAUAAAUCCGAAGGAUGUUACGGUUAUAAAACUACUUGAUGGGUCGUUAGUGAACCAUUCGUUUUUUCCAGAGGUUAAAAAGGCCUUUGUUACAGUACGUGAUGGCGAUAAUCUCCUCUGGAAAGCUGCAAAGGAUGGUGAUAAAUGCCUACUUGUUUCAUUUCAUGAAGCGGAAGGAUCCCCUAAAUUUCUACGUUUAGCACUUUUGGAAUCGAAUACCUUUGCGCAAAAGUUCUUUGAGAACGUCAGUGGCAAAUGGAUUUCCAUGACCAUACACGCUUACUUUGAAAAGAGGGCACCAAAAGAUCCACAGAUUGCCGUGUUAGAUCUUUCUGUAAACCACAAUUUACAUGUUGGUCAAUUUGUAGGCUCAGUUCACGGGGUCCCCUAUGACGUAUUCUUCUCGAGUAUCUUGGGAAAAGUUGUCAAGGUCGUUGAUGGAAACGACGUUCUUUGGGAAGGAAAGGGAGGUGAGAAGUGUGUUUUGGCAUCUUUGAGUCACGAUCUUACCCAUGUACACCUCCUCGUUUUGCUGAAAUCUGGACAAGCAGAUUUAUAUUUUGAAAAGAAAAAUGGUGAAUGGAAUGCUGUCUUUGACGGUUUUCCAAACAAGUUCAAAGUUACCACUUACUAGACGGAGUAGUCAUGA